GGGUGUUGUGCGACUCCAGUUAAAGAAAUGAACGGAAUCCAUUGGUUGGGACAGACUAGCGUUUGAAAAAUAAUCGAGUGCGCAGGACGGUCCGGAGUAGCUAGCGAACCAGCUAGCUUUCUGCAUCCACUCGCUGGCCGUUAGCUUCGCUGUGCAGUCCGAGAGCAGUGGCCGCAAUUCUCCUCAUAACGCUUGCUCGAUUUAGAUGUUACUUUUUGGUGAAGAUGUUCAUGUUGUUAAAUUUGUUUUUGUUUUUUUUUUAAGUGAAUGGGCAUGUGUCCCAAUAUCCUAAAGUUACUAAACCAACGACUCUUUCCAAUGAACACAGGGGAGGCAAAGUAUUGACAUCUCAGAAGCACGUAGUUUGUGUCAAGAUUUGAGAUGGAAGGAGACGAGUGCAGCUUCCCCCCAGACUCGUCAGAUGACCACUCGCAAAGAGGAAGCGUCGCUUCUUCUGCCGCACUCUCCCACUCUCAGGAUGUGCUUGUGUACCUCUUUGGUGACAGCGCGGUGCACUUAUCAGUGGAAGGGCUCAGCAGUGUCACUGUGCAAGAGUUGGGCCGCUUAGUCCGAGAGGCUCUUCGUGUUCCUGAGAGUGCCCAGGACGCUUUUGCCUUCUGGCUGUCGUCUCCCCUACUUGAGGUGCAGUUAAAGGCGAGGCAUCACCCGUACAAAGUGUGUCGCCAGUGGCAAGACUUGCUGUACCGCUUCACGGACGCCUCUGAGGAGGACAUUUCACAAGAUGAGCCCUGUCUUCAAUACCGUCGGAACGUCUUUUUCCGCAAAUCCAAAGAGCUGCAGAUAGAAGAUGAGGGAGUGCUCCGACUUUUGUACGAAGAGGCCAAGAGCAACGUCAUCACUGGACGAUACCCGUGCGAUCCGGAACACUGGGCUUCUCUCGGAGCCUUGACCCUCGCUCUGGACGAGGGGACGGGCCUGGACAGGCAGAAAUUGACUUCGACCAUGCGCGAGAAGAAGCUGGCUUCUUUGGUUCCGGCGCACGUGGCCGCGGGGGGUGGAGGCUUAUUCUCCACGUUGAGAGGGAAGUCCGGCCGUCAGGCGGGCUUGGAGCGCGAUCUCUUGGAGGAGUACGUCAAGAUCGGAGACUCUCGGCGACACUCUGAGAUUUUACAGCGGUACCUCGGCACGUGUCACUCUCUGCCUUAUUAUGGAUGCGCCUUCUUUGACGGAGAGAUCGACAAACCGGCCCAAGGGAUCCUCCAGAGGUUGAAACGCAAAGCUGUCAGUGUUUGCAUCUCCCUGGAGGGAGUUUACGUCAUGGACGUCAAGGAGAAACACGUGCUUCUGGGCCUGCGCUUCAGUGAGCUUUCCUGGGACCACAGCUACCCCGAGGAGGAAAGCGACUCGCACAUCCUGUGGCUCGAGUUCGAUGGCGACGAAGACGGCACUCCGGUUAACAAGUUGCUGAAGAUUUACUCCAAACAAGCAGAGCUGAUGAGCGGCUUCAUCGAGUUUUGCGUGGAGUUGAAGUCCGUGUCCGAGGGAGGAGCCGCGGCAGAAACGGACGGCGACGCGGGUCUGUCGCAGCAGGCGUCCGGCAAAGACGGCGGCGGGGACGAGAACGGACGGCGCCGGAUGUUGCGCCGGCAGAGCAGCGUCGUGUGCAGCCGCGUCCGUUCGCUUCACACCAUAAACUACGUGGACAACGGAAAAGAAAUCAAAUGCUUCAAGCCCAAAAGAGCGGCCUCCUUUUUCACGCGACAGGCGUCCGCGCCCGUGUACUCUUCCGUGCAAGCGGCCGAGAGUCUGGAGCAGGGUUGAAGUUGCCGCCGCCGCCGCCGCCGCCUUCCUGCUCACCGAGACCAAAACAGAACUUUGAAAAGAUUGAGAUGUUGGACCAAGUGCGGGAUCCGGGUUUGACCGCAUCUAUCGAAUGACCUUCCGUGCAUUUUUUUCACAUCUAUUCAUGUCGACGCCAAGCCAGUUUUUUGGCUCGGGUCACAAGUGCUGAGCGCGGCCUCGCUCCAUCCGCAGAAAGCCUUCUAGAAAUGAAACGAAACGAAACGACUGUCGCGUGGAAGCCUUCGAGGUGUGAGCAACAUUCAAAACCUCACGACUCUUUCUUUGUCCGUGGCAACUUAGCCUAUCGCAAGACGACGUAUACUACGUAAUUGCGGGACAAAUAUUUUCAAGUCUAGUGCCUUGCUUCAGAGAAGGUCGGCGAUGAAACAAUAAUUGAGGAAUUUUUGAUUGCGAUGCGGUAUUAGAGUUUGCUGACUUUGGAUGGAAAUCAUCUUCACAUUCUAAGUAUGAACCCUUCACUCAACAUUUCCAAAUAACAUACAUGACGAUGAAAUGUCUUUUCAUUGCAAACCGAAAGAGCGCCAAGAAGCUAACAGGAACGGGAGUUCUUAGCCUCUCGAUUGGCCAUGAAAGGAAGCGAUAGUUGCGCACACGCACGGUCUUGAUAGUCAUGUCAAAUUCCUUCGUUUUGCAGCGACCAACGCAACAUUUUCAUGCUCGUUGAGGUUUGCCAACGUAUGUAUGCAUCCAAGCCAGCAGCACUGUCGUUUGCUAAAUUCUCCUCUGCAUGCCACUUUGUAGACUAGCCAUUCCAAUUCAUAAUAUCAUUUACGAAAAGGCUGCACUCGUUUCCAAUUCCUUUUGUUUUUGUCUACUUUGCGUGUGGACGUGUACGUACACGCGUGAUGUUGUCGCUCUUCAAUCACUUUGCGGAAGCAUCAAGUGCCUUUCGUGUUUGUGUGGAUCUCGAUGGCUUUCGUGCACUCGUGUUGCAAGCGUUGGGCUUUUAUUUAUUUUAUUGACCAGUCAACUGUGUACUUUCUAAUCUAUUUUCCACAUUCAACUCACUUUCCUCUCCUUGACGGGUGACUGAAUUUUCUCUUUAGUCACUCAGCACGUCACCAUGUUGAUGCCCUUCUUUUAUAAAAUGGAUGAUUAGCCGUUUUUUUUUUCCAGCAUUGCUAUUAAGAGUGUACUUUCAACAAUUGUACUUAAUACAGAGUGCGUAAGGAAGUCAUUGAGAACACGUUUAGUUGUACCAGACUUCACAAUAAGUCUGUCUUUCUGUCUUACAAUAAAUAAUAUUGGAAUGUUUAUAAUGUA